GACGCACAAAGGGACGGAGCUCGGAGAGGUGAGAGAGAGAGAGAGAGAGAGAGAGAGAGAGAAAGCGGCUUUGUAUUCCCCGAUAAAACGUCGACGAUAUGGCGGCGGACGAGUCCAUGUUCGUGAGGACUGUGCUGGGGCUGAACGAGGCGUUAAAAGCCGAGGAUUCGAGCUUGGCGCUGCCGUCGGAGGACAGGCUCACCCGCGCCGCGGAUCGGAACCGGGACGAGGACGGAACGCAGCGGCGCAGCCGAGUGGAGCAGCAAGUGCAGCAGCUCACCUUGUCCCGGAAAGCGAAACGCUCCACGGUGAAAGGAAGUACGUCUAGCAGCCAGUUAACCAGCAGAACAUCUUUCAGAAGUGGUACAAUGCCUAUGAAGCUUUUCCCGUCACAUUUUGACCAUAAUGACGCUUCAGGACUAAGUAGACCGGCGCUUUGGAUGAAUAAACCUCAGUGGGCAAGUCUGCGGUUUCCUCCAGGGAACAGAGGAGAGUACGGGUUGUACAGGUGUGGCUCUUCAGGAAACGGCUUCAGCUGGAGAUCUGGGGGUUUUACUCUCCCUGCCAUGCGAGCCGUGUCCUCGGCCGACCGUCUCCACGCGACCUGUCUUCUGCAGAACUCCGCCAGUUCCGAGAUGUUUCAAACUGCUCGUCGUUUUUUCGGUCGCUCGGCUACGCUUAAGCUUCCGAACCAGGUCGUCGAUGUGGACAGUCUCGACGACGUCUUUCUGCCUGACAGUCCACACGUCGCUGCACUGACAACAGAACAUCAGAUGAUGUCACAGACUGUCCAGAGAACGCCCAGUCUGCAUGAAGACGCAGUGUGGACGUUACCGAACAUGCCCCUCAUAUUUCACGACGUCAGGCAGAGACGGGAAUCCUUGAAAAGACAACCUUCAGUGGUGAGCACACAGAAAAAAAUCGCUGCAAACAACCAGCAGGAAGCAACAACAAAUGCUCUGAAAGACGGAAAGCGAGCUGCACCGACUACGAUGAGGAUGGCUGUAAAUCUCCUCACUGACCACAACCAGGAAAUGCAGAUCUCUGCUGCAAACUUCAUCCAAAACCAGUGUUUCAGCAGCGCAGACGCUAAGAUAAGGCUCUGUACCCUGCAAGGGAUCCCAAAGCUUCUGAAGCUCCUGGACUCUGAGAGCAGUGAGGUGCAGCAGGCCGCCUCGGCCGCCUUGAGAAACGUUGUGUAUGAGAACAACGAUAACAAGAUGGAGGUGAAAGACCACGAAGGUGUCGGUGUGAUUCUGCGCCUGCUCAAGACGAAUCGUGAGGUAGAAACCCGGCGGCAGCUCACGGGGCUGCUGUGGAACUUGUCCUCUCAUGAUAUGCUGAAGGAGCAGUUAGGCAGAGACGCAGUAAAACCCGUCACUGAUUCCGUCCUUGUGCCCUGCUCGGGGAUCACUGAGGGCGAAGAUCCCAAACUGGAGCUUCUGGCAGAUCCUGAGGUCUUUCUUAAUGCUACAGGCUGCCUAAGAAACGUGAGUUCAGCUGGACCGAAUGCACGCAGGUCUAUGAGAGACUGCGAUGGCCUCAUCGACUGCCUCGUUUAUUACGUCCGUGGAACCAUCGCCGAUUAUAAACCUGACGAUCAGGCAUUAGAAAACUGCGUAUGCAUCUUGCAUAACCUCACCUACCAGUUCGAGUGUGAGGUGUCCGAGGCGAGCAGGCCCGUGGUGCAGGAGUCCAGACAGAGCGCAGCCACAGAGACCCAGAGACCCGGCUGCUUGGUUAUAAGAAACGCCAAACUCACUGAGGCAGACAAUCACUCGGAGUCUGAAUUCCCUCAGCUGGAGGAGAAGUGUAACCCGGGCGGUGUGGAGUGGCUGUGGAGCAGCAUCACCAUCCGCAUGUACCUGUCACUACUUGCUAGAAGCAAUCGCCAGCUCACACAGGAGGCGGCUAUAGGAGGCAUGCAGAACCUGACCGCAGGAAACGGAGAGGUGUCACAAGCCAUGGCCCACACCAUCAUACAGAGAGAAGGAGGCCUGCAGCAGGUAAAGAAGGUGCUCCAGAAUGGAGAGGACGAUGUGAAAAGAGCUGCCGUUUAUCUGCUCAAAAACCUGUCACGCUACAAGGAGCUCCAUUCUGAUAUAAUUAACGAGGUGUUGCCCGAGCUGGUUGUGAUGCUUCACACUUCAGACACGGACAGACCGCGGACCGCCGAGGUCACAUCUCUCUGUCAGAUUCUCAACAACCUGAGCCAGGCGUCCCUACACAAUGCCCGCACUGUCCUCAACAACGGCAUCCUUCCAAGGAUCAUCAAAAUUAGCAGCAAAGAGAGGCAUGGAUCCACAAAGGCUGGCCAGGCUGCUAGUGUUCUCCUGCACACACUCUGGAGACAUUCUGAGCUUCAUGGCAGCUACAAGAAGGCUGGUUACAGGAAGACAGAUUUCGUCAACAACAGGACGGUGAAGGCGGUAAAUUCAGCUCGUAACUGACCUCAAGUGGAAGGCAGAAGAACUUCACAAAAGAAAAUUCUAAGCUAUAACAAGUCGAGACUCAUUGUUCCUGCGCUGCACUUCCGUGGCUCUGCUCCGGUCUCAUUGCAUCUCCUACAGGGUGGUAGAAUUGGACUGGUAUUCUUAUCUUACUGCUGAGAAAAACUUAUCAGUGUCUUCACCUCUGAUGGCUUGUAGACUAUUCUGCUGCAUUCAGCAUCUGGGGAUACACGAAUAAGCACUUCCGUGGAGUUGCGUUGCAACCAUGUUCCAAAAAAACACCAUUUGUGUGUGUUACAUUCAAACAACACAAAUUAUAUAUGUAAAUGUUAUAUAUGUUAAAAAUAAUUGAUGGCUCAAAGGCAAUUGAAAACUGUAUUGUAUAAAUUUCAGCAGGAAUAAACCUGUAGAGUUCAAUGUGAAUGAACGUCAAAAAAGAGUAGAUGAAUAAUGUGGUUUAGAAGGAAACUUUUGAGGUAACUUGCCUAAGCAAUUUACUGAGGUAACAUGCUGAGGUUACAUUUCUACGCACCAACUGAGGUAGCGUGGAGAAGUAACAUACUGAGAUAACAUUCCUAGGCACCAAUUAAAGUAAUGUACUGAGGUAACAUUUUAUUUCUAGAACAUUCUUUUUACAAUACUAGUGUAAAAUGUCUAGUCAACUUACUGAUGCAACGUCUUGGUAACAUGCCUAAGUUACAUAUUGAGGUAACGUGCCCAAGCAACUUCCUGAGGUAGGAUCCUGAGGUAACAUGUCUAUGUAAUGUGCCACUGUUACAUAUUGAUGUAAAAUGACAAAGUAACAAGCCUAUGUAACAGACUGAGGUAAUGUUCCACGGUAACAUUCUAAUGUAACAUGCCUAGGCACCAACUGAGGUAAUGUACUUGGGUAAAGUGCCUAGGCAACUUACUGAUUUAAUGUCUUGAUGACAGGCAUAUGCUACACAUUGAGGUAACAUGGCUAUGGCAUCAACUGAGGUUACCUCUGGAAGUUGCCUAGGCAUGUUACCUCAGGACCUUACAUGUCUAGUUAAUGUGCUACCGUUACAUAUUAAGGUAACAUACUGAGGUACCAUUUCCAAGAAAUGUACUGAGGUAACAUACUGUCGUGGUAACAGGCUAAUGCUCCAUUCAGCAGGGUUUGUAUUUACUCUACUUCCCAUUUCAAAACUUAUUUUAGAAAUCCUGAGUUGACAUGAAGUUGGCAGCAUGGAAGAACUCCAUCAAUUAGGAACCUGGCAAAUAUUCCGUAAUUUAGUAAAUUAGUAAUUUAUCAACAUGUCUCUUGGAAAGUUGAAAAAUUCCUGGUGAUUUUGUCUUGUGCAAAUACAUUUAAAGGCUGCAAUCUCGGUUUUAAUCUCAGCUACAGCAUAGUUCAUGUUCUCUGCAUUUACUGAUCUCCAGAUUUGAUGUUCUGCCUCCACGUCCAGCCCUAUUUCCUGAUCUGUGCAUAAUGUUCUGUAUUUUUAUUCUGUUUUUAAAUGCUUUUUGUUCUCCUUUGUAAUAGUUUCAUACAAUUUAAAGGUUAGGGAAACGUUCCUUACUUCACUGAGCAUUUCAGUCAUCUCAUUAUUCUAGAUCUUAGAUUUCCCCUUAUUGUGGAAUGUUUGCAGGACAUUAGUGUAUUAUUUAUUAUGUGUAGUGAAGUUUGCAUGGACGUCCCAGGCAGCUCCAGUUAAUUUCAGCAGUGAGGUUUUGACGAUUUCUCCAGCCUGCUUGGCCAUUUGGAGCAACAUGAAGUAAAAACUUUAGUAAAUUCAGGAUGCACUUCAUUUUUUUUUUAGGGCUUUUUUUAUUAUCAAUAUUCUUUUUUACCUUUUUAUUACAGUCUUGGAUAUGUCAAAGAUUAGUAACAACAUUGACUUUUGAUGCAUUGUUAUUUUUGGUGCAGCAUCAGAUUUUAUUUUUUUCCUCAUUCAUUUACAGUUUGUGGAUGUUUCUGCCCUAUUGACUGCAAUUAUACCGAAAUUUAUUGACUGCUCAGCCAUGACGCUAUAUAAUCAUGCAUUCUUGAUUGUUGGUGGUUUCUAUAGAAGACCUAAGCAGCAAUGCAUAAUGAUGUUAUAAAAUGGCUGAGUUUUCUUGUGAUUCAUGUACCCGCUGCAAAUAAUGGUUAUGGUUAUUAUCCAUAAUGCUGCCGCUAGAAAAUGCUUCUAUGCCGAAUACACAGAAAAAAUAAGUACUGAUCACGAGGAAACAAUGUUUGUCAAGAUCAUGAGAAAAUUAAGUCAUGAUAACUAGAAAACAAGAAGAUUUAUGCAGUUUCAAAGAGGAAAAUUUCAUUAAAACUUUUGCAUAGAUUUUUUGCAGCUAAAGAAUAUUGAAAGAGAAUCAAGUCAGACAUAGACACGAGCUGUUCCUUUUUGUGACGCCAGAAUAAAUCAGCUCUGCAUAUUUUUCAAAUUGUGACUUGCUUUCAGAUUCCUCUCUUCCUUUAAGGAUGUUUUGUUUGGUUUCUAUAAUUUGAGAGGUAAAAAGCAAACAUGAUGAACACUUUUUUUUAUUAUUGUUGUUUUAUUACUGAUUGCCAAAUCUCAUAUUCAUUGUUUUUUGUAAAGUAAGUCCAGCAAGCUAUAUCCAAGCUAUUUCAUCCUCAAAGAACUCAAAAGCUGUUAAGACAAUAAACCUGUUGAACCGUU